GUCGCGGUGCCGACGGUGGUGGUGGUGGUGGUGUUGACGGUGGGUGGUGGGAGCAGCCUCCGUUUUAUUUCUGUCCCGGUCUCGUCGGGACCGGUCUCGCGAACGUGUCGAAUACGUUUUCCUCCGCGAAAGUUUCUCUCUCGCAAAGAACGUCAACGACAACGACAAAGAUUUGCGAUGGAGGAUAGUUACAUAGUACACAGACGUCGCAAGGCGGCCGCCAGAAAGCGCGAGAAGACGCCUGAUCCUUCCUCGAGAGGCGCCGCGUCGCGCAUGGAUACUUCAGAUGACGAGGACGAGGAGAGGCGCACCAGAAUGGAGAGAAUGGCCGAGGAGACUGAGAAAAUGGACCAGCAACAGAAGGAAAACAGAUUGGCGCAGCAACGACAAGAGGAGACUGCGAAGGAACCAGAAAACCGAGACAAAGAUAAGGAUGAUCACCAGGAGCGUCCUGUCCGAAAAAAGGACAGAAUUGACACGAGAAAAUCUGCGAACGUAGAUGACAUGAUUGCUAUACGUGCCGAAGUGGCCGCCAAGUCAACGGCGGUUGGAAAUAAUUCUGGAAAGACUGACACGGUAGCGGCUGAUGACAACACGCGGUUGAUAAAACAGACUACCGAAGCAAUAAACAAAUUUGAUGACGAGAGUACUAUGAAGAGAGAGAUCAUCAAAACCGAAAUUGAUCAAGUGGUCGAGGAAAACCUGGUCGCUCAGGAGAAGUCGGAGACACCGAAGGAAACGAAUGGUCCGGAGACCGUCAAACCUGCCGAAGUCCGCAAAGUCGAAAGACGAUUUAAAAGAAAGUCGAAAGAACGCGUAGAGAGAUACAGUCGAUCAACGGAUUCUAGCGAUGCGGAUGAGAAGAGCGAGUCGAGUCAAAAAAGGACAAAGUCGCCAGAAGCAGCAAGGUAUAGGACAAAGAAGACGAGUGGAAAAAGUCGUGUUAGCGAUCCGGAAGUUCAAAAGAGGGACGCCGAAAGACAGAAUCGAGAGAAGAAAUCAUCGAGUCGACAAAAACUGGAGGACGAGUCUCAGAUGAAGAAUGAUGCCGAAAAAUCACUUUUGAAACCUCACAGCCGGGCCGAGGAGACGGAUGAGGAUUUGAAGAGCAUCAAGAAGAGUGAGAACUCACAGAGACCUGAAGAACGAAUGAUCAAGAAAUCUUCCAUUGAACUGAAGAAGCAGAUAAUUCCGCUAAACAAUGACAGUUUGAUCGAGGACUUUGCGAGGGCUCAGAGGGAAUACAUGUUGAAGGAACGCAGUAUUCUGGAUCCGGAUAACACAGAUGUCUUCCAGGAUGCAGUUGAAACUAGUUUUUUGAGGAGGCGAAAAUUCAGUCUGGCAUACACUGAGAGUGAAGAAGAGAUUCAAAACGCUUCCGAUGCAGCUAAGUCUUCUGAUAAGAAAAAAUCGCGGUUUUCCUGGAUGAUCUUCUGGCGUAGAGAACAAGAAGAUAACAUCGUGGAGGAGAAGAUUGAGGACGAACUGAAACCGGCUCCGAAAGUUGAAGAAAUCAAAGCGGAGGCGCAGGAAGCUCCGGAAAAGGUUACUCUAUUGGACUUCUUCAGAGCGCUCAAAGACGUUGUCGGCGAAUUCAAAGUUUUCAUCGCGCAAAAUCCACGAGAGACGACGAUCAUUAGACGGCUACGUAAUCGCUGCAUAGCCGGAUUGCUGCUCAUAAUGAUCUAUUGUGGCCUCGGCGGCUUCAUCUUCCGAUUCGUUGAGGGUGCCUUCGAGACAUUCUAUAAAUGCGGUGUGAAGCGCGUGAAGAGGGACUUUUUGGAUAGUUUAUGGAAUUACAGCCACAACCUGAGAGAGGAUGACUGGAAAAGCAUGGCGCGUAGGAAACUGAUGGAGUUCGAAGAGCAGCUUCAUACCGCUCAUGAAGCCGGCCUGCACAAUUAUAGCGGCCAAAAGAGCUGGAGUUUCUUGAACGCGGUCGCGUAUUGUCUCACCGUCAUCACCACCAUCGGAUACGGACAUAUUUCGCCAAGUACAAAUGCAGGAAGAGCUAUUACAAUCGUGUAUGCUAUUUUCGGUAUUCCAAUGUUUUUAAUUAUCCUGGCCGACUUUGGUAAAUUAUUUACGCGCGGUAUAAAGUUCCUGUGGGCAUUCGUGAGAAGAUUAUACUACACUGGUAGCUGUCGCAAGGUUCGUCGCACUGGGCCCGUUCAGGAAGUCAUGAAGGGCAUGCAACUCGUAUACGAUUUCGCGAAAUUUCGACGGCCGUCGCAGAUGAAUCCGGAAGAGAUCGGAGAAAUACAGAGGCAGCAGAUGCAACAACAGACGGUUCUCAAUCUGGAUGCCAAUGCGCCGGACACGCCGGAUACACCGGCAAUGUCGGCGUAUGCCAUUGAUGACGAAUUUAAUCUGCCGAUCUCGGUCGCGAUCAUCAUCCUUCUGGCCUAUAUUUUCAUAGGAGCUACUCUGUACUACAUGUGGGAGGAGUGGAGCUUUUUCGAAAGUUUCUACUUCGUCUUCAUCUCCAUGAGCACAAUCGGCUUCGGCGAUUACGUACCAAAGAACCCCAUAUACAUGAUGUGUUCGAUAGUAUACCUGGUGUUCGGUCUGGCGCUCACGUCCAUGUGCAUCAAUGUCGUACAGGUGAUGCUGUCAGACUCGUUCAAGCAAGCGAGCCAAAAGAUCGGAGCCACGAUUGGCUUCGAGGUCGCCGAAGACGACAACUCGGUGAAACCAGCACCACCACCGCCGAUCGAGAUCGCGGACGUUCACGUGAGUCUGAAGGAGUCCGAGAGCGGCGAGAAGAUCGCGCCAAAGGCCAAACAAGAGGACGUCGAUCUGUAGAUGUAUUUCUUUCUCAGAGAAACUCCUACACGUCCACAUCGACUGCUAGCUCGUUCGCUCAUUUUUUAAAAUGCGUGCGUUUUUCGGUCUAAAAAGAAUAAUCGUUUGCUGGCUUAUAUAACGCACGGGAUACACAGUAACUAUUUGAGCACGCACGCAAAAUCAAGCUUCGCGAUUCGAGAAAAACUAUCAUCGUCAAGGGGCCGUCUUUAUCAUGUGAGAUCUGUAUAAAGUUUGACUGAUGAUAACUGAUCUUAUUAAAUGUUUUUCAAGUUUGAAUAUGCGGAUGAAUGUUUAAGUCAGAUCUAAUUAUUAGUUUCAUUUAUUUUCAAUAAGCUGAACUGCUGUGGGACUCAAUAUUUUUUUUUUUUUUUUUAAAUCGAUUCUGAGAAUCUUCAAAUUCUUCUGUCGACAUAAAGACGGUUCCACAUUUUGAGUGCAUUGGAAUUUUUAAAGCAUUAUACGCUAUUACAUCCGUCUAUCGUUGAGAUUAUGUCGAAUAAACAUGACUCUCUCUCAAAUGUAUAUAUUUCUAAAAUGCGCAUAUACCGAUAACGAUUUUAUGAAACUGGAGAUCUAAUCGUGCCUCUAUCAAUGCGAUCAACGAGUUGCCUGAAGAGAUGAAACUCUAAAUGAUGAACUCCGAUAGAAAUUUACAUGUAAAAUGAUGUGCAUAAUCCAACGAAAGUAUCGAAACGAAAUUGUCCCGAAAUACGCACAAAUGUAUUUAAUUGAUAUCUCGUCAGGCGAGUCUCGUAUACUGAAUUUAUGAUAAUCUUGUGCAAAGAAGCUUUUUAAAGAAAAUCACGCCAAUGGUAUGAUAGAAUAUUACUUGCUGUCCAUAUUUUGUAAUUUGGGUAUGAUUUUAAAAAUAGGGAAAUAAUUCUGCUUCAUAAAAUUUUAUUAAGAAAUAAUUAUGAUAUAAAAAAAUAAUUGUAUAAUUUAGUUUAUAUAUAUAUAUAUAAGAUAAAAAUUUUAUCACGUUUUUAUAUUAUUUAUCAUUAUAUAAUAUUAUAUAUUUCAUAAUACCAUUGGCAGAUAGAGCGAUUCCCCAAUCUACAGUAAAUAAAACGUUUCAUAUUAUGCGAUAUCUCCAGUAGUAGUAAUUAUUGAUACGAUAAAUUGCGAGAAACUAUUUUUCUUAAGAUACAUACAUCGAACAAGAGAAAUAUUGCCACUCUGCAGUCGCGCUCUUGCCAAAUAUAUUCGCGGAUCAGAAUAUAUCUUGCGACUUAUUUUUCGUAGUCUAGUGUCUAUUGACAAUAAAUGUAAGGAAAUUUAA